AUGAGGAAAGGGAGCACAGAUCGUAUAAUAGAAAACAGGUAUCAGUAUGCUUGUGCUGCAGAAGACAGGAUAUUGAGGAUUAGCUGGCACAGGAAAUCGGGUCGAAGUCCACUUCAGACUCUUUACAAGGAUGACCAGCUUGAGCAAUCUUCCCUGCAGGCAACUCAUCGGCGCAGGAGGGAGCUGCUAAGCAGUAUGUGCCAUCGUUAUACCCGCAAGCGACGCCUCCUAACUCCAGAUGACUUGCGGCACCUGGUGGUGGAUGAUGUUCAUGAGCUGCUCUACUGCUAUGUCCCCAAGGUGGCUUGCACUAAUUGGAAGAGGGUCUUGAUGGUCUUGACAGGGCAGGGUAAGUACCAGGACCCCCUGGAAAUCCCAGCACAUGAAGCUCAUGUACCUGCCAACCUUCGCACUCUCUCCGAGUAUAGCACUCCUGAGAUCAACUACCGCUUGCGUAACUACCUCAAGUUCAUCUUUGUACGGGAGCCUCUGGAACGGCUGGUCUCAGCCUACCGGAACAAAUUCACCCGUAGCUACAACACGGCAUUCCAUAAGCGCUACGGGACCAAGAUAAUCCGGCGGCACCGUCAGGACCCUAGCAGCGAGGCCCUGGAAAGUGGCCAUGACGUGCGUUUUGAGGAGUUUGUGUACUAUCUGUUGGAUCCAAAGACCCAGCGUGAGGAGCCUUUCAACGAGCAUUGGGAGCGAGUGCACUCCCUUUGCCAUCCAUGCAUUGUCCACUAUGAUAUCAUUGGCAAGUAUGAGACCUUGACUGACGAUGCCAACUAUAUCUUGCAAUUGGUUGGGGCUGAUGCAGGCAUCAAGUUCCCCGCCUCAUCUAAGACCAUCAGAACCAACAAUAACCUGACUGCAAAGUUCUUCAAGAAUAUCAGCCCCUUCUACCAAAGAAGAUUAUUUAAUUUAUACAAGAUGGAUUACUUGCUCUUCAAUUACACCAUCCCUUCUUAUUUACAUCUACGAUGAGGCUGGUGACAGGCCCUUUCCUCAUCGUUUCUGCUGUCAACCAACAGACAUGGAUAUGAGAUGCUUACAGUUCUACCUAUGCCCGUUUUUUGUUUAUGUUUGAUCAGCACACAGAGUUCUCUCCGUAUUUUGUUCCUGUUUCAGUAGACAGAAUCUACGAUGGUUUGUCUAUCCUUCCUCCUGUUCUUAACCAAACAGCAUUUGUUUCUAGGAAGCACUGGAACUAUGUCCUUUUGUCAGGAGGUGGGAGAAUCUGUGGAAGUAGGAGACAUAAUAAAAUGUGCAUGCAUUUAAUGUGUUCAGUUAUAAUCCCCUCGCACCUCUCUCCU